UGACAAAUUCUAAGGUUGUAUGGCAGAGGUUAAAUUCAUUCUGUAUAAAUGUUAAAUUAAAAAAUCAGAUGGAAGGAAAGUGCGACAAAUAUAUUGAAUUUAAUAAGAAAAAUUAUAAGAGAAUUUCAGAAAAACAGAAACAGUUAGCAAAUUUUAUUAAAAAACUUCAUGCUGAAUUACGUAGUGAAUAUGAAAUUCUUGGGAUAGAUGAAGCAUGGAAAAUACAUGUUACAAAAAGUGAACAAUUAAAAACUUAUGCUGAAUUUAUGUAUGAACUUGCAAAUAAAUAUUGGACAUAUGAAUCCAAAAAUACUUCAGUUACUUACUGUAGAAUAGAAUGGAUAAAACAACAAUGUAAAGAUUAUUUCUUUAAUGGAAAGAUGAACGAAUUUGAUGCUAGAGAAGAAUAUUUAUUUAAGAAAAAUAUUCAAAUCUUAAAUAAAAAUUUUAAUAUUAAAAAUAUUAAAACUACAGUUUCAUCUACAAUAAGUGUUUUAGAUGUUGGUAGUUGUUAUAAUCCAUUUAAAACAGAAAAUAAAUUUUCUGUAACUGCUAUAGACAUAGUUCCUUAUUCAAAUGAUGUUAUAAAAUGUGAUUUUCUAAAUUUAAAGAAUAUCUUCCAUGUCCAAAACAACGAUAUUUAUGUUGCAAAAAAGUAUAUAAUUUAUUAAAAGAUGGUGGUAUAUUGUUCAUUAUAACUCCUGAUUCAAAACAUGAGGGUGCAAAUACCAGAAUAAUAAAUUUAUCAUGGAA